ACUCCGGAUGCCGCCGGGGAUGAUCCGUUAUUUUCGUGGACGAGGAGCCCAGUGACCAUAUCUGCUGCAAGGAGCCAGCCUUGAGAGAUGGUAUUCCGCGGCAAGCCGUCUAAGGCGUGCCAAAGGUGUCGGGAUAGGAAGCUUCGGUGUGACCUGCGAAAGCCGACAUGCACAUCAUGCCUUCGUGUUGGGCUCAAAUGCACUGGCUACAGAGACACAGAAACCCUGCGUAUAUCGGACCAGACGCAAGCCGUCCGCUCGAAAGCGCUAUCCAAGAGACCUGCCUCCACACCUUCAAAAAGCUCUCAAGCGCCAUUCAAGCUGUCUCAUCUACCCCUGGAUCUACAAGCCCAAGCCAGAGAGCUGUUCUUCGCUUAUUACAUCGCCGACUUUAGCAAGGGCUGGGAUUUCUUAUAUCCGUACUUUGAUCCGAGGUUGGCGCCCGAACAUCUGAGCUUGAGCAUCGAUGCAGCCAGCCUAGCCUUUCUUUCGCACCAAGUAUCUUCGCCCUCUGCUAGGAACCUCGGCCGCCAAAAAUACGUUGCCGCAAUCCACGAACUGAACACCGCGCUGCAGAGCGUCCGGACCGCCCGCAAGCCGACGAUAUUCGAAGCAUCUCUUCUUCUCGACCUCUUUGAGAAGAUCACGAACCCAGCUACUGCUUCUGACGGUACCUAUCGGGCUCAUGUGGAUGGCGCAAUGGCACUCGUCAAGUUGAGAGGUCUGGGGCACUUUACUGAUAAUGCGAGUCUGCGAGCUCUGGCAAGACUAUCUCUUAACGCGGUGAUCUGUUGCCUUAGUAAAGGUGAUCCUAUUCCGAGCGAAAUUUUUGAUAUCAGGAAACAUAUUGCGCAGUUCAUUGACGUAUCGGAUCCGAAAUGGAGACUCGGUGGGAUUUCCAUCGAGAUGACGGACUUGGUUUCCGAGAGGCCCGACGGUGCCUUAACACCUGACGAAAGAGUUAGGAAAUGCAUGGAGUUGGAUAAACAGCUUGAGCAAGUGGCUCUAGAGGCGUCCCCGACUUGGUCGUAUGAGAGAAUAUUUCUAUCUGCGGAUGAUAAAAGGGAUAUGGCGCUAGACGGCUUCUACGAUGUUUAUUCCACUCGGCAGGUCACGCAGAUGUGGAACGUACUUCGGCUCAUGAGGAUCUUGCUCUGCGAAGAGAUCAUAGAUUCUUCCUUGACACCCCCGUCCGGAGAGUAUAGCGCCGACCCUAGGUACGCAACCUCCGCAAUCGCAAGUAUGGUCCAGGAGAUCUGCGCUUCCGUUCCCCAGAUGACCGAUUGCGAAGGCGCGGCGCGACAUAAGUUACCACCGUCAGGCGUCAACCGUCAGGGAUCAGUCCAUACGCAUACGACACCACACUUCCUGGAUGCUUAUAUUCUAAUAUUCAGUCUUUACAUCGCUGCAUGGUCCCGCAAUUGUCCAGAAAGGUCGCGCGAUUGGGUCAUCGCGCAAUUGAGCCGGAUUGCUGAGCAUUUUGGCGUGAAGGAAGCGGCUAUUGUGGUAGAGACCCUCCGGCGACGGGAUGAGAAGAGGAGGAUAGGGCCUUGGGACGCGUAUAGGCUGCUCGGGAGUUAUGCUUUUGCAGCAUGAGAGGGAUCUCCUUCUAUCCACAUGGAGUGCCUCCUUGUGUGUCUGGGAGCAUGCAGGUGGGACUGCGCGUUCGGAAUAGAACAAGGCAGCGAAGGCAUCCAAACAGCCAUUGGGCUGCGGUCCGCAGCCAUCGUGCCACCUCUGAGAUAGAACUGCAAACGCCCCAUCAAUCCAUG